CCCCUGCCCCUUUUUUUGUGCGUGUGCGUGUUGAAUUGAACGCGGCCGCAAGAUGUAAUAAGUCGGCGGGUGAUUGUUUAUUUGUUUGAUGUCGCCUGUCAAGAGCGGCAACAGAGCUGCCUUUCUGCGCGCGCUAAAUGGGCCCACUGUGGACUUGUUUCAAGCGACUCCCGUGUCACAUCUCACCUCUUCUCCGUUGCGAUCGCCGCAGCAGGAGGGCGACGACAGGCCGGCCCUGGACCGGCCCUGGAGCGCGGCUCUCGUCCAAUCGGCUCCCGGCAGACCCGGGCGACGGCCAAUGGAAGCGCACGGUUGCAGUUGUGUGGGCGUGGCCGUGUGCGUGUGCUGGAAUGCUGCCUCUCUGGGAAUGUUUUCCACUUUUCGAUCCCCCCCUCCCUUUUUCUUUUUCUUUUUCUUUUUUUUUUUACUUUCUGCCUCUCGCAGUCCUUCUCACAAGGCGCUCUUUAAGCUCCGGUGUCGCCACACAGAGCAGCCAUUCAUCGGCUCCACUGCCAGCCACGCACACUCCCAUGGAACCACUGCGCGUCUCCACUCACGGUGUAGCGGAUUUCGAUGCGUAAAAAAGGACCAGGACACAUUUACGCACUAUGGCUUCGUAUUAAGAGUCCACACGAACCGGGGCCAUCGCAAACUCAACAUAGUCCCAUAAAAAAACUAAUUUAAACUCUCUUGUUAAACGAAUCAAGCGGGUUUUUUUUUUUUCGUUUUUUUAUUUUUUUGUUUUUAUUUGGAUUUUGUUGUUGUUGUUGUUGUUGUUGCAAAUGUCGGGAGAGGAGCACAGCAUGUCCGAAGCGGAGCUGAGCCCCGGAGGUUCGGACGACGCUCGCUCGCUUUCCCCGGGUCACGCCGGAGCGCCACCCGGCCACGACUCACCUCUGACCGGUCCCCCGCCCCAGCUGACGUCGCUGUGCGUGGCGGACGGCUCCGGGGACGACCGCUCCACCGUCAAGUCGGAGGAGGACGACGAGCGCUUCCCCAUCGGCAUCCGGGAGGCGGUGAGCCAGGUUCUGGACGGCUACGACUGGACCCUGGUGCCCAUGCCGGUGCGCGUCAACAACGGAAACAAAGCCAAGCCUCACGUCAAGCGGCCCAUGAACGCCUUCAUGGUGUGGGCGCAGGCGGCGAGGAGGAAGCUGGCCGACCAGUACCCGCACCUGCACAACGCCGAGCUCAGCAAGACGCUGGGCAAACUGUGGAGGCUGCUCAACGAGAGCGACAAGAGGCCAUUCAUCGAGGAGGCGGAGAGGCUCAGGAAGCAGCACAAGAAGGACUACCCGGAGUACAAGUACCAGCCGCGGAGGCGCAAGAACGGCAAACUCACGCCCGCCAACGAGUCGGACAGCCCGGGCGAGGGCGAGGCCGGCCACUCGCAGUCGCACUACAAGAGCUUGCAUCUGGAGCACAAUGGCGGCGGGGGCUCACCUCUGGGUGACCUGCACCAUCAUCACCAUCACCACCACCACCCUGCCAGUCAGGGUCACAGCCCCCCCACGCCCCCAACCACCCCAAAGACAGAGCUCCAGUCAAGCAAACUGUCAGACAGCAAGCGAGAGGGGGCAGCGGGAGGGGCCGGAGGAUCAGGGGGCUCCAGGGGGCCUCUGGGCGUGGGCGGCGAAGGGGCCUCCGGCGGUCCUUCCUCGUCGGGCUCCAAGCCCCACAUCGAUUUUGGCACCAUGGACAUCGGCGAGAUCAGCAACGAGGUGAUGUCCAACAUCGAGCCUUUCGACGUCAACGAGUUCGACCAGUACUUGCCCCCCAACGGGCACCCCCAGGGCGGCGGCGGGGGCCCCUCCGCGGGGACCUCGUCCUACGCCUACGCCCUGGCGGCGGCCGGCGGCCACCCGGCCUGGCUCUCCAAGCAGCAGCAGCAGCAGCAGCAGCAGCCCCAGGGCUCGCCCACGUCCUCCGACCACUCCAAGGCGCAGAUCAAAAGCGAGUCCGGGUCCGGGAGCCACUACGCCGAGGCCUCGUCGUCGCCCUCGUCGGGCGCGCACGUCACCUACGCCCCGCUCAGCCUCCCCCACUACGGCUCCGCUUUCCCCUCGCUGGCCUCGAGAGCUCAGUUUGACUACGGAGACCACCAGGCCCCCGGGGCGUACUACGCCCACUCCGGUCAGGCCCCGGGGCUGUACUCGGCCUUCUCCUACAUGGGGCCUACACAGAGGCCUCUGUACACCACCAUAGGCGACCCCUCCAGUGUGGCCCCCUCCCACAGCCCCACGCACUGGGAGCAGCCUGUUUACACCACACUCACAAGACCCUGAGGGGGUGGGAGUUGGUGGGAGGGGGUCCAGGAAUAUAUGGGAAGCGUGUGAUAGCGUCUGUGUGCGUGCGUUUUGCUAAUGGGAGU